UGCUGAUUCAGGAGGAGAAGCGAAGAACGAGGAGGAUGGAAAAUGGUGCAACAGCAAUCGAGAAAAAAACUACUAUGACCCUGCCAACGAAAUAAUGCGCCUCUUAAAUGCCUCUAGAACCGAAACCUUAUUGCGGCGGCAAAAGAACAGAGGGUCUGCGGCGUUGGAAACGGGCAGAGAGUGUGGCCCCUGCGAAGUCCCAGAUGAAGGUUACAAAACGAAGACGGAAAGGAACAUCCAUCUACCGUAGUUCCUGCGCCAGAUAAAUGGCUCAUGUAAGUCUGGAGCUGCUCGGCAUCUCUCUGGCUGGCAGAUGCAGCGCCUAGCGCCAGGUCUCCAAGACGACGCAAAUAUGAACGGGGCAGGGGAGCAGGUGGACAUCCUGCCGCCCAACUGCAUGGUCAAGGACCGAUGGAAAGUGCUGAAGAAAAUCGGAGGCGGAGGUUUUGGGGAGAUCUAUGAGGCCCUGGAUCUGCUGACGCGAGAGAAUGUGGCCCUGAAGGUGGAGUCGGCCCAGCAACCCAAACAGGUUCUCAAGAUGGAAGUCGCUGUCCUGAAGAAACUGCAAGGAAAAAAUCAUGUUUGUAAGUUCAUUGGAUGUGGGCGAAAUGAGAAGUUCAACUACGUGGUCAUGCAACUUCAGGGACGAAACCUUGCAGACCUCAGGAGAAGCCAGCCUCGAGGAACCUUUACAAUGAGCACAACGCUGCGAUUAGGAAAACAGAUCCUGGAGUCUAUAGAAGCCAUCCACUCUGUUGGGUUUCUGCACCGUGAUAUUAAACCUUCAAAUUUUGCAAUGGGACGGCUCCCCUCCACAUACAGAAAAUGCUACAUGUUAGACUUUGGCCUUGCACGACAGUACACCAACACAAAUGGAGAAGUCAGACCUCCUCGAACUGUUGCAGGAUUUCGCGGGACUGUUCGCUAUGCGUCUGUUAACGCUCAUAAAAACAAAGAAAUGGGUCGCCAUGAUGAUUUAUGGUCCUUAUUUUACAUGUUGGUGGAAUUUGCAGUUGGACAGCUACCAUGGCGGAAAAUUAAGGACAAGGAGCAAGUGGGACAGAUUAAAGAACGAUAUGACCAUAGGAUGCUACUCAAACACAUGCCGUCAGAAUUCCAAAUCUUUCUGGAACACGUGUUAGGCCUAGAUUACUACACCAAGCCAGACUAUCAGCUUUUAAUGUCGGUGUUUGAGAAUAGCAUGAAGGAGCGGAUUAUAACGGAAAAUGAGCCCUUUGACUGGGAGAAGGCAGGGAGCGACGCAUUACUCUCGACCAGCACAUCGACCCCUGCGCAGCACAACACGAGGCCCACGGCAGCCAUGGUGGGGGUGGUGAAUGUGACUCCGGUCCCCGGGGACCUGCAGAAGGAGAACACGGAGGAUGUAGUCAAGGACGAGCACCUGAGCGACCAGGAGAACGCCCCGCCCGUGGCGCCCAGCCGACAAGCGGAGGGAAGCCAGGCGCCGGCUGAGGGGGAGGGCUGGGAGGACACGGACUUCAACCGCAACAAACUCAGGAUCAGCAUCAGCAAGACGCCGGUUGCGCCAGAGGAAGAGCUCAGCCGGGGGGCGUGUCCCGUGUCCCCGGUCAGAGCAGCCCCGCCGGAGUCGCCCAGCAUACAGGGACGCUCCCUCCGAUACCGCCGGGUCAACAGCCCCGAGUCCGACCGCCUGUCUGCUGCAGAGGGCAGGGUCGACGCCUAUGACAAGCGGUCUCGCAUGGACAUCCUGGGCUCCCCCUCCAGGCAGGUGUACUCCUCCCAGCCGGCGCAGAUGCUGUCUGUGGACACGGGGCAGGGCGACCGGCACGUGAGUGGCCGGCACGAGGUGUCGGCCUCGGUGGACCACGAGGCCCUGAGCAACGCCUUCCGCUCGGUGCCGCUGGCAGAGGAGGAGGACUUCGACAGCAAGGAGUGGGUGAUCAUCAACAAGGAGGCGGAGCUGAGGGACUUCCUCCCGGGGGCGGAGCCCACCACCUCGGGCACCACGGACGAGGAGCCCGAGGAGCUGCGCCCCAUCGAGGAGCUGGAGGAGCGGCGGAGGCACGGGGCCGCCGCCGGCGAGGCCGUGGUGAGGCCCAAGAUCCACGACGGGCGGAGCCGGGGCAUGCUGACGGUGACUGAGGAGGACCUCUCCCGCAGAAGCGGCGGCCGCGGGCAGUCCGUGUCGGAGAGCCGGCAGGAGGGGCUCGUCGCCAGCCCCUCCCACUCGCCCUGCCACUCACUGCCCACCACCCGCCCCAGGAGGAGCGAGUCUGAGCCGUACGGGCCCCACAGACAGAUACUGUCACCCAAACCGUUCGAGCAGAAUGGCCUACCUCUGCAGGUGCCUUCUUGUCCGCCUUAUCAAGACGUCCGAGCGAAAGAGCAGGCCGCCGAAAAAGAGGCUUUCAGCGGCCUGCCCCAGCUGCAGGGGAAGAGAGUGGACUUCCUGUCCGCCUUGUUCACCGGCAUCCUCCCGCAGCACGACUUCACUGCUCCGCCGCUCCAGCACAAAGGGGUGGACAGGGGGGACGCCGCCAAGAGCGAGUCGAGCAGCGAAGCCAGCCAGAAGAGUACGGAGCGCAGCCAGGACGGGGCCCCCUCCACUCUCCUGGCCGACGAGCAGAAGGAAUCGAAGGGGCGUGUGUCUAUCGUGGAGGCGGACCUGGAGCUGGAAGAGGGCUCCAAAACGCUCGUCCUGUUCUCCCCAGGGGACAUGAGGAAGUCCCUCGCUGCUGGGGACUUGCCCCCGGAUCUGGAUCUGGGGACGAUGGCCGCCAUCACGCCUCAGGGUGAGAAGCCUCAGCCGAUGGGGAGCCAGCUGGACGUGUCCGAGCCGGGCACGCUCUCCUCGGUGCUGAAGUCGGAGCCUAAGCCCCUGAUCACUGCCGCAGCCGCCUCCUCCCCAUUCACCAAAGUCGAGCGCACUUUCGUCCACAUCGCCGAGACGUCCCACCUGAACAUCAUGUCUUCCAGCGGCCAGCCGGCGAGGCUGGGUGACUUCAACCUCUCUGACGUGGCGGAGGAGCCCUCCGCCGCGGGAGAUGCCCAGGAGAGGGAGCCCAUCACGGAGAACGGGGAGCCCGUGGAGCCCGUGGAGCCCGUGGAGCCCGUGGAGCCCGGUUCUGCGGAGAAGGAGGCGGAGCCAGAGCCAGAGCCAGAAAGCUCUGUCCAGGUGGCAGCUCCGUCCACCCCACCCGAUCAGAGUCCGGAAGAAGAGGAGGAGUUCCAGAACAGCCUCGAGGAGAAUAAGUCAGAGACCAGACCAGAAGAGGCUCCUCCUCUUGUUCCUCCGGAGGCAGAGCCUGUCCCGGCGGAGGUGUCAGCCACCGCGGACCGCCAACCCCCACUGGAGGGCCAGAAAGAGGAGGGCCCUGCGGAGCCCCCGGAGAAGGCCAAGGCCGGCAAACCGCAGGGUCCUCGGUACAGGAGCCGGAUCCCUGUUCUGUUGUCUGAAGAGGACACGGGCUCGGACCAGUCCGCUUCCCCUUCCCUGAGGGAGCGGCUCAGAAGGAGGCCGCCGCAGCAGUACCUGGCCCGCUUGCUGAUGGAGAGGCAUCAGGGUCGCCCGAUGAGGCUGUCCUCGGGGGCCUCGUCCUCCGCCUCCUCCGGGGACGACGGCAGGAGACCCUCGGAGAGCCUGUCUGCCACCGGCUCCGAGGAGGACACUCACGACUCGGAUGACUCCUUCGCCAGGAAGGCCUUCGGGACCGUGUCCAAACCGCCGCAGCGGGAAGCGGGUGGCGAGCGACCGCGCAGUCGCAUCCCCCGUCCCGUCACGCCUGUGAAGAGGCCCUCAGCCCACCUGUCGUCUGCUGUCCCUCCUCCACUGACCCCCUCCAGCCCCCGCUCUCAGAAACCCACAUCCCACUCUGCUGUAAAUAGGCUUCACGCGGAAAAAACAGGGAAUGCAGUCAUGAAUGUUCAACUCGACCCCAGGUCACAACCGAUGCAAACGCAGCCCCACCCCUCCGCCGGCCCGUCCCCGUACUGCGGCAGCCCCAGAAUGCCCCAGCGCGGGGUCUCCCGGGUUCCCGCAUCCCCGCCCCCUCGCAGCCACAGCGCCUCCCCGCGCAGCUACUCCACCUCCCGAACUGACAGCCCCUCUCCGCAGCGCCAACGCCGCCAGCCCGCCGCCACCGAGGUCAGGCGGCAGCUCAUCUCCUUCCGGGCCAACACGGCCCCCCCCGCUCAAGCCCAGACCUGCCGCCACCGCCGCCGGGAGACGCCGCGGCGCAGCCCCCCGCCACCAGCAAGCCGGGGAGGCGGGGCAGGCCACAGGCCACACCCACCAAGGGGAGGCGAGACCCUGCGGAGGGAAAGGCUGCUGCUAGAUAAUAACUCCCACUCUGUACACAUCCGCCGUUCACGAUAGCUCCCGGUCACAAUAACACCGCCACCUCACAGUUUCAGUCCCAGGCCAAACAAAUUGCUUUCAUUU